GAGCGCUCUGACGGCGGCGGAGCACAUACAACGGAAUGGUAUCGUGACGAGGGCGGACGAACGCAACGCAACGGAAACUUUGGCAAACGUAGUCGAUCUAGCGUGAACGAGGUAAUUGUUGCCGCACAUCAGCUAUUAAUUAUGACGACCCUAGAAUCAGAUGAGGGUCAUCUCGAUAAGCUGCCACACGUGGAAUGGGAGAGGACGACCUCCGGAUCACCCGGCUGUACGUUUCCGGACGGACUGAAUCCUCUGGAAUGUCAAAUGGCCGGUCAUCCCUUUGAUGGCGACAGGCACACUAUUGGCAUGUUGGUAUGCAGACGGACUGGAUAUGUACUGAAACCGGCGACCAAAGCGAUCCUCGAAAGAGAAAUUGCAUUCUACGAGAAGUUGAAGAAUUCCCACGAUUCCACGAUAGUGCAACUAAAAAAAUUCGUUCCAUGUUAUUUUGGCACGACGGAACUACGAGUCUUUAACAAACGUACGAAGUUUCUCAAGCUUAGGGAUAUCACGGAGGGCAUGGCAGAGCCAUGUGUGAUGGAUAUCAAGAUUGGCCGUCGUACGUGGGAUCCUUUAGCCACGCCAGAGAAGAGGGCAACGGAAGAACUCAAGUAUGCCGAAUCGAAGCGUGCUUAUGGUUUUUGUAUAACCGGUUUUCAAGUAUAUUGUCUCUCCACUGGACGAUUAAAAAAAUUUGACAGAGAUUAUGGCAAGAAACUUGAUGCCAAGGGCGUCGUAGAAGCACUGAAAACUUUCUUGAACAUAACACCUGAGAGGCCAGCCUGUCGGCAGUUGAUCUUCGAACUCCUGUCAUUCCUGGGAAAAAUCAUGCUGUUCUUCCGCAUACAGCACAAGUAUCGCUUCUACUCCAGUUCACUCUUGGUCGCCUACGACGCUCGAAAAUUACGACAGUGUUGUCAUUCUGAUAACGAAGAUGCCAACAAUCAGAUGGAUUCCAGAGCUAAAGCUGCCUUCUCUCCGUCGACGAGUCACACCACUUCAGACGUGAAUGUAUCCGAGCAGGUCACGUUGACCACCGCGACCGUUUCCAAUGCAAGGGUGAAAAGAAAUUGGGUAGAGGAACAGAGAAGUAGACCAAUACUCAAAAGGAGCACAAGUCUCAGCGAACCAGUAUGCGAGCAAAUAUUGAAUCGGAGCGAAAUUUAUAAUCCAGAUUCCAAAAUAGACCGUCUGUGUCGUUCCUGCCCGAGCCAAUUCUUGCUUCCAUGCACGAAUAACAUCACGCUUAACGAUAUUAGCAACUUAGAAAACAAGUGCAAUUGGGUCAGAGUGAACAUGAUCGAUUUUACGCAUGUCUUCCCCGCGGACGACUCUAAUUUGGAUCUAAAUUAUUUGGAAGGUAUUGAAAACUUGAUCAAGCUUUUAAGUACGUUCCUCCAAUGUGUUCGAAAAUGCGAGCACGACAACUCUUGCGCAAGUAUCGCGCAAUAGUUUCCUUAUAAAAGGAUGAUGUAUUAUUCAUGAUGAUGUUCCCGGAAGAGUGAACGGAAAAGAUUAAUUCAGUUGAGAGUAGAAUUGACGAUGUGUCGGCCUUAUUAUCGGACGAUGGAGAAUAGAAUAGAUUUCUGACAAUGACAUUCGUCAAGCUGAGAGAGGACGUUGUUCACCAAAGAAAGCAACCGAGCUUUCGGGGAAAAAAGGUAAAGUAAACUGAAAUCUAAAGAAACGUGAAAGUUAAUCGAAUAAACUAAUGUUCAGAAGACGACAAUUUUAUAUGAACUUGCGGCGACAUUGUUUCUCGAAUGUCGGAUUUAGCCAAUAAUUAAUUAUGCGAUAUAGAGUCAAAUAUCGUAAACAAGGACUUUUUCGCCAAGUUUAAAGAAGUAGAAACUCUAACCCAAUCAGACAUACAAUUUCAAAUUUCUUGAACGGAUUCCAAAGAGAAUGUCUUCUCUAGAAUAUAAUAAUUAAGACUUUUAUACUUUGCCAAAACAAAACUAACACUUUGUACAUAAAGUAUUUAAGAAUUUCGUACACAGAUUUCUCCAUUUGUCAUAUAAGUAUAUAUGAAAAAAAUAUGAUUUUAAAAUGAUUUUAAAAAUUCAGAGCCGAACAUGAAAAAGAAAUAGAGUACAUCUCAUCGUUCAAGUUCAUACUACGACGACAAUAAGUCGUACUUUAUAAACACCGUACUGCGAUGGCAAAAGAUUCCCUAAAAAUGACGUAUAUUGAUUUUUGUCAUGUCACAGAUAUUUAUAUUGUACGCAUUACGUGAAAAUGCAGAAGUUAUUGUAAGUAUAACAUCAGCAAUAAAUCAUUACGAUGAAAAGUGAA